AUGACAAGCGUCCUUCUCUUCGGAAGCACCGGGCUCACCGGCAGCAACAUUCUCGAGACGCUCGCCAAGGUGGACGGGUUCAGCAAGAUCUGGACCAUCUCGCGACGGGCGCCCAAGACGCAAUCGGCCAAGCUGGAGGCCAUCGUCGAGGCCGACACGGACACCUGGACCAAGCCCCUGGCGGACAUGAAGCCCGAGACGGUCAUCUCAGCGCUGGGGUCGACGCGUGCGUCGGCUGGCGGGAUCCAGAAUCAGUGGAAGAUUGACCACGAUGCCAACGUCGCGAUCGCCAAGGAGGCCAAGGCGCAGGGCGUCAAGACAUUUGUCUUCGUAUCCAGCACAGGCACCCGGGGCUUCCUAUCGUCCAUGGCGCCGUACUCCAAGAUGAAGAUUGGCGUCGAGGAUACGGUGACGGGCCUCGGCUUCGAUCACGCCAUCAUCCUCCGACCCGGCGGUAUCCUAGGCGAGCGUGAGAAUCCGCACCUAGGCGGCCCGUUGAUGAAUGCGGCGAUUCGGAGCCUGAGCAAGAUUAGCCAGGGCUGGCAGGAUUCCCUGGGCCAGGAGGCCGAGGUCAUUGGUAGGGCGGCGGUGCACGCGGCCAAGCUUGCGGCCGAGGGCAAGGCGCCCAAGAACCCGUGGAUCCUCGAGCAAGCGGAUAUCGUGAGGCUCGGGAGGGAGGAGUGGAAGAACGUCGACCCAACGGCUUAG